AUGGCCACUCUCCAAGCGCCAGCAUUAGGUAGACCCCUAUCAUUCCCUCGUCCUCCUCAUCAUCAAGAGACAACCACCACCCAGGAUGAUCCCGCACCACGACCAAUUUCAACAAGCCAAUUCACAUCUAUGCCUCUGAGAGACGAGUCUGGAUCAGUGAGAGACACGAGUACAGAAGACAACCAUUCUCUGGCAAACACAUUUGGAACUAUCGAUUUACUUCGAAACAGGAACUCGCAGAUAGAGCCUAUAGCUGGUGCACAAGGGACAGUCUCACCUUCUUUCCCUAGUCAGGGAGUGAUAAGUCAGACCCAAUCGGAUCAAAGUCAACCUCCAUAUCAAAAUGCUCUUUUGAACACUACAAUUGAUCGAUCCGCUGCGAGUAAAGUGCCCAUACUCAAUACUCAUAAUCAUUCGGACCCAGUAGACAAUGAAAGAGAAGAUUCAUCCUCUUCCGCGACCAUGCACAACCGCCCAUCUUCUUCCUCUUCACCACCAGACCAAUCGGACCUCCGUGAUCCCUCGAAGAAACGACUGAAUCAAGCUGGAAUAUUAGUCGGAUCGGCUUCGGGAGCAGGUAUAGCCGCCAGACACCUGUUAGCAAAUCGACAUGAUCAGGUGGGUAAAGAAGGUGGUAGACCGCCUAGAGGGUAUGAACAAGUUGAAGUCUCGGACAAAUGGGGGAUUGGUUCUAAGAAUAUCAAAGAAGCUAGAUGGAAAGCUGUCAAGAAAGGAGCAGUGCUAUACGGCUUCAUCACCAUCUGGUUAUGGAUUUGUUUAUCGAUAUUCUGGGGAUCAACCUAUCGUCUGACUUCAUUCCUACCUUCACUUACCGUACAUGUAAUACCCUUUGACACUCCUUCAUCCACCUCGUUUCUGAACGGUCCGAUCACUCAACAAAUGACGUACGUGGCCAAUGAGCCUCCUUCGGUGGUCCAUCUAGGCUAUGAAAUAAAGGAUCCGUCCAAUUACCCAAAUGGCCUUGAAGACGUUAGGAGAAGUAUAGUCGCUCAAGAGUGCUGGGCAGCUAUUGUUGUUAAUGCCAACGCCUCGUCGGGCUGGACGGACGCACUGCAAAAUGGCGAUGCAUCUUAUGAUCCAACUGGGGCGAUUGGUAUUUAUUACUCUGGGGCGAGGUUUUAUCAGGUCGUACUGCUUUACUUUGAUUCUUUGAUCACUCGAGACUUAGCAAACCCUCUGGCAACAGCCCGUUCACAAGCUCUGGAAGCAUUUAUGGGAUCAGCUAGUACCAAUCCUACUUUACUCACCAACGCAGCUAGGGUACCACAGGCUGUAGGAGUAGGAUUCGGUUAUACGAUAUUUGACGUUAGACCUAUUCAGAAUGGAGCUUGGGCAGGUGCAGCUCCCAUGGAAGCUAGUUUGAUUUACUUUAUCAUCUUUGCUUUUUACCUCUGCUUGUUUGGUGGUAUAGCACGGAUGAAAUCUGGAUUGAACUCAACACUCAAGAUGUCUUCUAUGUUCGGGUUGAGAUUGGGCUGGCCAUUAUUGGCUUAUUUCUUCAUCUCAUUAUGGCAGACUUUGGUCGUUCGAGCAUGGCAAAUACCCUUAUCAGAUCAUCUUGGAAGAGCUGGAUUUGUUACUCUCUGGGCUUUGAACUAUGUUACCAUCAUCGCAGCGGGAUUCGCAAUGGAGACGAUGCUGGCUUUAAUUGGUAUCGCAUGGUUACCUUUCUUCCUGAUAUUGUGGAUUAUCCCCUCAUCGUUCUACCCUAUUGAACUGAUGCCGAACUUCUAUCGUUUCUUGAGAUGGAUGCCAUUCGUACAUAACGUGGAGGCAUACAAGAUCAUCGCAUAUGGCACAGACCUCCAACAUCGAUUGGGAUUACAUUUCGGUAUAAUAUUUGCGGUCAUCGGAGUGGAACUGAUUUGUUUCCCUCUUGCCUUGUUGUUUGAGAGGUGGAAGAGUGAUAGAGAUCAGAGAAAACAGGUUGAACAGAAGAAGAAAGAGGAUGAGGAUAAAGGCAAAGCUAAGGAGAAAAAGAGAGAUGGCAAUGGUGAAGCCUGA